CAGAGGGGAGAGAGGGGUUGCCAGGGCUCUCCAGCCGAAACCUCUGCAGGGGUUGAUUACUCAUGGCCCCCCGUUAAGUGCCACUCCACCCCGCUGGGCACGCAAAGUGUCACUGCGGCUGAAAAACACAACGCUUCAGCGUGCUAAUGGGUGAUGCCAUGUCAUUUUCACUAGGAUUUGCAGUGCCAGACAGCAGGGCACUAGACACACAAUAUGUACCCUCAGACUUGCUUGUUCCAGAGUUGCUUGGUGGUUAUCCUUUGCAAUCAGACUUUCCUUCGCCACAUUUUCUCGUAAUUUAACUUACAAAUUACCUUGAGUCUGCUUGAGUGUGCUAAUUGAGUUGCCUUUUAAGGUAGCUGAGGCAUUAUGAUGGUGGGUUUUUUACAGCAGGAGCCACAUAGGGGGUGUAAUUGGCCUUAACCUUUGCAGAAGGGUAAGUGCUUCUGCAGAGAUGCUGCCUUAUCCCGUGCAGGCUGCUUGUGCUCCAGGUCUGAAUGGCCUGCCCACGCACGGACGACACACAGCCUUUCAAGUGUCUACGCUAGUGACUCAGGCACCAUUGAGCCUCCGUGCUUCGAAACAUCCUUGAAAUGAAAAAGCAAGUUUCCUUUAUGUGCGUUGCCUUCAGACAUCAGUUAUCGGUUGCCCGUGACGUAAAAAGUGCAGGUGGGUGCACAACGUGAUCGGAACAAGGUCCAUGUGAUUCGCCAGUCUGGAAGUACAAGUAAAUAUAAUGAUGGGACAAUUGAGCUGACACUUGAGCUGAACAUUUUUAUGUUCCAGCCAGCAUGGCAACAUUUAUUCACUCAUUUCUGUGACCUUGGCUCCUCACGCCUCAUUGAUCAUCUGACAAGGGUCAAAAUGAGGACUCAAAAACUAUGGGAUCCAGUGAAAUAACGGCAUUGACACUCUUUAGAGAGAGCACCACUGUGGUACGUGCUUCACAUGUAAUUCAUUGUGGGGAACUUGCUGGAGGGAAGUUCAGGUUCGAACAUCAGUCACCACAAAUCUGAUCAGAGUGAUAGCUAUGUCAAUAGUCCUCUCAUCACGGUGGUUGCACUGAGAAAGCCACCACCAAUCAAUUCACACUUCCCCGCCUCGAAAAAAAAAUCAAAGUCUGCAUGUAUCUCCCAUGACCCGACCUCACAUAAGCCCAAAGUGCAUGUCCAUCCAGCAGUGAGGAGCACAACUGUGGUGGGACCUUUCCAUAGAGAUGAUCUCCUUCUGGCUGCUUUGGCUAAAGCUUCUGGGAGCUACGACUGAGUUGACAGAGGUGGAUGGAAAAGAACUGAGUGAAGGUAGCAGUCCCUCUCAGAAUCAAGCCGAGUCCCUUUCCAAGGCUGUAACCAUGGAGACCAGUGAACAACUGGAAUCAGGAAAUGUAGCCGACUUUGAACAGGAACCUCAAGAGACUGAGUUACCCGAGAAUGAAAGCUCAAGCAACAAUGAUGAACAAGACUGCUAUGAAGAAUUCUUGGAGACAAUGGGAAGUAAGGUGGUGGUAGAUAUUUUAGCUGACCUGCCUCCUAGCAUGACGUCAGAAUUGGAUGACAUCCCUUGCCCAAAGGAGGCUCUGAUCUUAGAGGCUACACCUGAAGAGCUAAACCACCAUGAGUCUGUCACCUCUUUGUCAAAACCACCAUCAAGCGGAGAGAGUGUGUGUGAAAAUGAGUCUGCCCCCAAAACACAAGAACCACUAGUGGAAGACCAGUCAGAAGAUGCCUUGCCAGAUUUGUUUGACACAGAGGAACCUGAAGACCCAGAAGAUGCCAUGAAGGCCUUAAACCUCAUGCCAACAGAUGAUGCAGUUGACAAUUUUACCUCUGAUGAGGUGGAGGAGUCAAUGCUAGAACAGUUCAUCCGAGAAGAGGCCUUAUCAGAGGUAUCUACAGAGUCCUGUCACGACCCAGAAGAAUUAGAUGAGUGUCUGCAUGUGGAGAUAGCUGUUGCAUCUUCAGAUAGUGAGGGUGACGAUAAGUGGAGGACCAUAUUUUCUUCCUCCAUCAACAAAGAGGAUGAUGACUCGUAUUUAGACAGUCUGCAGUUGAGUGCACAGGAGCUCUUUGUCCAAAAGCCUUCAAUUGACAACGAGGAAGAUGACCCAAAGGAUGUUAACCAGAAAAGUGAGUCUGAGAUUCCACUCGGGGAUGAAAUUCUAGAGCAGCCUGAGACUGACUCAGAUUUUGAGAAGAGGGAGGUGACCUAUACAACUCCAACGCUGUUCCAUGGGUUGUCAAAAAUCUCUGAGGAUGAUGAAGAAACUGGAAAGGGGUCCAACAACAAACACACUUCUCAACAUUCAGAAGGUGACAAGAAGCUGCCCAAAGACUACUGCGUGAUCCAGGAGAUGAAGAGUGAAAAUGUCAGCACGGAGCACGUGGACUUCCGGGUAGCUCGCAAACAAUGGCUGGAAAUGGAGGAACAGACUAAAAUGGCUAAGACUACGGUCCAGUCACCCACCACCCCUAAACCAGGCCUCUGCCAAGGUAGCCACAGCUUCAUGUACACACCAGUUCGCAACAUUGACAGGCCCAGGAGGGAUCCUGAUUUUGAGAAUCUGGCUCUUGGGGGAGACUAUCCACACACUCAGUUCAGCCCCUGUUCUGAGGACUCUGGUCUGGAUGACUUGAGCUACAGAUCUCCUUAUGACGACCCAGAGACCCCUGUUGAGAGAGAGAUCCGCUUAACCAUGGAAAGAGAGGAGAACUUCAGACGCGAAAGAGCCCUGUCCUCAUCCAGCUCAUGCGAGUUUGUGCAAGCUAAAGCCAGACCAGUCGUCAUUCACUCCACCAAACUCUGCCAGGAGGUGGAUGAGAAGAGGAAGAUGUUUGAGCAUCAGGACGAUGGCUGCAACAUUCCAAGAUCACCUAGCAACCCAACACCAUCUUUUAUAAUCACUUCAUCGCCAGUCAAAGGUGCACAGAAACGAGAGUUUGCUGCUAACAAUGUCAUCAUCCUGGAGCCUGAUCCUUAUCCCUGCAGCCCAAAGCGUUAUGGGAAAGACAUGGGGGCUGCCCACCCAGGAAACUGGAACUCCAAUGAGCCCUCCAAUGUGAUCAUCCUAGAGACGUCAAACCUGAUCAUCCGCAGUGCGUCCGAGUUCUGCCUCAACUCAGCUGCUGAGGAGAACCAGGACAGCAUGUUCCUGAACAACCCCUUCUUCAAGCUGCGCUCCAGAAGCACACAGUCCCUCAUCGAUGAGGAGAUUAAGAUGGUCAAGCAGCGUGAGGAGGAACUGAGGAGACAGCGAGCGAGCAUGUACACUAAGGAAAAAUUCAACACAAUUGUGGUCUCCCCAAAUCUUCUAAACAGUGCAUUUGAUACGUCAGAGGAGAUGCCUAUAAAAUGCAAGUCCUCCCCAUCUUCUCCCAUGAAAACAUACAAGAUGGAUCGCUCCAUAGUGUCCUGUGACAACAGGUUUCCAGAAAUGUACUUGGGUGGUCGCCGUAAAAGUGCCAUGGCUCUCCGCUGGGAAGCCGGAGAGUUUGCUAACAACCAAUAAAAGCGGAACGCCUGAUCAACAAAAUGGAUAUCGACUGACAACCCCUUGCUCUGUCUUACGUAACAGACUUUUUUUUUUGCAGUGCUACAUGAGAAAAUUAAUCACAUUUGUUUCAUGUGACAUAACACUGGCUGCUGUCAGCUGCUUAUGUGAAUUUUUCAAUGCUCUGUUUGUGUCCAGCAGAGGCUAAGAGGGAAGUGUAUGUAUGUACGCCAAGAUGCCUGAAUGUUAUCUGAAUGUAAUGUUUUAGUCAACAACUGCUUAUACACUAUUUUCAAAUUCAGAAAAGCAGACUGCUUAUUUUUAUUGUACUGUCUUAGUAGAAAAAAGAGCUAUAUGUACUGUAUUUUCCUACUGUAUUUUCAUCAGAGACCAGAUUUGUAAUUUUCCAAGCACAAAGAUAUGAAGCCAAUGCAGUAUUAUUAGCAACAUAAUUGGGAAUCUUAUGCACACAAUCUUACAUGAAUCUCCUAUUGAGUGUUACUCAUGUGUUUUUAACAAGGGGCAAUGACUUUGACUUGAGUGUUUAUUUCAAGCAUAAAA